AUGGACAGCACUUCUUCCAACCCUCAGGCCAUCGUCGCUUGUAACGGGAAGGUGUUUCAAAAUGGCCAGAUUUGGUCUUAUUGCAGUGGUAUCAACGACUUUCCUCUGUACUACGGUGUGAUUCAGAAGAUCAGUGCUAUUCAAGUAGCCGAGCAGGAGACAAAGUAUAAGCUGCAUGUACGUCGGUUCAUGGCUACUCGUUCCCCUGACGAUGUUGUCUCCCCUGGUGUGAGUGUUGGCCAGAUGAGAAAGAGGAGUGAGCAUGGUGAUAGUUGCAAUACUCGAAACACUGAAAGAGAGUCCAAAACCGUGCCUCCUCAUCGAAAUGCAGAGCGUAAACCAGAAGCUCUCUGCUUUCCUAAGGAAGGAAAGGUUUUUCAAGCUGGCCAGGUGUGGUCAUUUAGCAACGGUUACAGUGACAUCCCUAGGUACUACGGUAGGAUUCAGAACAUCACUCUAAGUCAAGGAUUGGAGCAGGCACCAGAAUUAGAACUACACGUAGGUCGGUUAAGGGUUAAGCCUUAUCAAAAGGAUGUCAUCCAGUGGAAGGACAAGAGAAUGCCCAUUGGUUGUGGAAGUUUCUUGGUGAAUAAAGGCUGUACAAUAUUCCCUCCAAGUCGUCUUUUACAUCAGUUAGUGCGUCAAACAUCCAUGGAGGGAAAUGAGUGUACCAUUCUUCCCAAGAUCGGCGAUGUUUGGGCGAUUUACCAAACCUGGGAUCCUAGCUACAAACUCAGUGACUUGGAAGCUAACGUCUUCGACUUUGAGAUGGUGGAAGUUCUUGAUGACGCCUCAGACUUUAAGGUGUUAUCGUUGGAGUCGGUGUACCUUUGUAAUAGAGAUGGAGAGAAAAAGGAAGUUCUCAGAGCAGCUAAGAGUAGGACCUCUUAUUGCUGUGACGAUGAGGAUGGAGUGAUAUUUACAAUCAAGAAGUCGAAAAUGCGCAGAUUCUCGCAUUGGAUUCCUGCAUCCAAAGUAACCAACAAGAUAAAAUCCAAGACGUUUAAACUUGCUUGA